AUGCCCGGGGAGUGGGGGUCUGUCCUCUUCGUUUCGUUGAUCUCGGACGGAGCCGAGCCCCGAGCGCCUCUCCUCCGCCCCCGGGCCGGCUCCCCGCGGCCCGGCCGCCUUGCCCUACCCACCCACGCGGUCGCUCAGCAACGGCGACGCGGCCGGGCCGAGGCGAGCGGCCGGGCCGGGGCGACCACAGUGCCAGCUGUGCCAUGGCCCAGCGGAGCGCACAGUCCUUUCCAGGACAUCUCCCACUUGCUGGCUAGUGUCUUUGAGGACCUGGACACCAGAGAUGUUACUGGGGAGGACCUGGAGACAAAUUGGAUCAAAUCCGAAGGAGGAGGUGACAUUGAUUGCAGGAGUUUCAUAGAGGAGCUACAGGAGCUUCGUUCUGAGUACCAGCAACGACUGAAAGCAGCUGACACACUGGAAGAGAGCAUCAUUCAAGCUGAGCAUCGAGCAAAAGCUGAAGAAGAAAGGGCCCUAAACAUACUGAAGGCAGGUGUGGAGAAAGAUUUUCACAAACUAGGAUUGCCACCAGUGCCAUCCUAUUUUAGGGGGAUUGUGGAUAAUGAACUCCUUAGAAAGAAUCAUUUGAUUUGCCCUGAUGAUUACAUCAUCGAUAAGAAACCUACUACCAGAGCACCAAAAGGAAAAUCAGUGCCUGGCUACCUCAGGGGGGCAUUUCAUGUUAGGCAGCAGGUUUCUUCACUCUCUCAGGACCAGAUGCCUGCAGACCUGCAGAAAAAAAUUGAUGGGCUGCCAAAUGUGCCUUGUGGCACAUUAACUCUGCCUUCAACUGCAUGCUCUAGCCACCACACUAAAAAGGUAACAAAGAAACCAAGUACCUCAGGGAGGCCAGCCUGGAAAGACAGACAGUGCAAAGCACUGGAAGAAAGUGAGAGUGCUUAUCUUGCCAACCUUGACAGAAGGCAGAAUUACUUGAAGAACCCUCGCUUUUUCCCACCACAUGCUCCUCACGGAGGCAGAUCUCUUGUCCUUUCUCAAGAAAAGGUGGAACACGCCAUAGCCAGAGGAAUACCAGAAGAUAAAGAAGGUGAUACCUCCUUUGUUCCUGUGUUUCUUGCCAACCCACCUACUGUUUUGUUUCCUGAUUAUGAAGUCGGCCUAGCUUAUGAGAUGACUAUAGAGCUGCUGAACGUCACUUCAACGUGUCGUCAAGUAAGAGUCAUCCCUCCUUCUACUUCAGCAUUCAGCGUUAGGCCAGGAAAAUUUCCAGGAAAGGAAAGAAUGCUUGCUCCUGGGAUGAAAUGCCAGUACACAGUCCAAUUUCUUCCUGAAAAUGUAGGAGAUUAUGAAGAUCAUAUAUCAGUGGAGACUCCAGCCUCAAAACCUCUUCUGAUCCCUAUCCAAGCUAGAAGACCACCUCCAGUAUUAACAUUGCCUGACAUUAUAGACUGUGGCUCCUGCCUUGUUGGAGGAAUAAAAUCAACAAAGCUUUUGUGCAGAAAUGAAGGAAUAAGACCUGGGAUGUUCUCUAUAAUGCCAAAGAAUGCCUGCCCACCUCCUAACUCCAGGGCUGCUGCCACUGUUGAUUUUGUGAUACAAGAUCCUUUUGGGAUCCAUCCCGGUGCUUUUGAGCUCACUCCAGGGCAGACUACAACAGUAGAGGUAGUGUUUUUCCCUUCUUUUCCAGAAGUCUCACAGCAAACAUACACCCUGUUUUGUGACAGCUGCCAAGUCAAUGAUGUUACAGUCACAGGGGUUGGAGAGCUGAUAGCUCUGGAGCUUUCGUCUGUCACGGGUGGAGAAAGCAAACCUGAACCUGGUGAAGUGAGUGAUGUAACAGCACAGCAUCUUGUACGGUUUGAGCCCCAAAACCCACACACCACCGAGGAGAAGAAAUUGCUUAUAAGAAACUCUACCCACAUAGAACUUCCUUUCUACUGGCAGAAAAGGAAGCCUAAUCUGAAACCAGUAAUAUCAGAACAAACUGCAGACUUGGUGAAGCUCAAACACAACCCAGACACAGAAUCAGCCUUCUCCCUAAAUCCUGAGCAGGGAGUUUUGCUUCCACAUGUGGAUAAUGAAUUUACUCUCACUUACACUCCACAGGAGCUGAAGAGUUAUCACAGUGUGAUUCAGAUGGCACUGAGGGAUGUCCCAGAAACACCUUGCUCAGUUACAGAGAGGAUGCUUCAAAACAUCCCAGAAUGCAAAACAAAGGAUGUAAUAGCACUGGAAAUAGAAGUUAAGGGAUCAACAGAACCGUUUCAACUUCUUCUGGAACCAUAUGUCAUUAUCAUCCCUGGAGAAAACUUUAUUGGUGUAACUGUCAGGAAAAGAUUUAAGAUGUGGAAUAACAGCAAAUCAUUGAUCAAGUACACAUGGGAGAAAAUCCUGUCCUGUGACAUCAUGGAAGUUGAACCCCAUACUGGCAUCAUAGAUGCAAGUUCAUGCUGUGAAUUUGAACUGACAGUUACUGGAAGCAAACCUGGGUGCAUCAGCCAUAACUUGCAGUGUAGAAUUGAACACUGCCCACAGCCAGUUGUGCUGCAUGUUGAGGCCGCUUUUAAGGGUCCAGUUCUUCAUAUUGAUGUUCCAUCGAUCCAGUUAGGUUUGACUAAGAAGGGUGAGAGUGUGUCGAGAACGCUUGAGAUUUGUAAUCUGAGUCAGCUGCCAGCACAGUGGAGAAUGCAGGAAAGUCAGGUUUGUCUGGCUGAAAGGAAUGAAGAGGUAUCUCCCUUCACUAUUCAACCAUCUGCUGGAGAAAUACCUCCUUUGGGUACAUGCAGUGUGUCAGUUCAGUUCACAUCAGCGCUGUGCCAGCGUCUCCAGACAGUAUUGGAACUAGAGGUAGAAAAUGGGGAAAGAAGUCAUCUUCCUGUUUCUGCUGAAGUUCAGACCCCCCAAGCAUGCCUGCUAUCUAGUCACCUAGUAUUCCCUGAAAUGUAUACUGGAGUUCCUGCCAAAGCAACCAGCAAACUUUUCAACCAGAAACUGCUGCCAGCAAGAUACUCCUGGGGAAAGCUCAUUGGAAGCCAGGCAGCUUUCUGCUCCGUUGCUGUCUCCCCAGCCAGUGGCACCUUAGGCCCAAAUGAGGAAAAAGAGUUCUGCAUAGAGCUGUCAGCUAACAUCAUGGGUGAGCUGAAAGACCUUGCCCUUUCCUGUAGCAUAGAAGACAUGGCUGAGCCCCUCUUUCUGAGCAUUUCUGGAGAAGUGAAAGGACUGCAUGUCACCUACUCAGUACCCUGUGACAGUGGAGUUGCCAGUGAUGAAAGGCAAACAUCACAAAGCCCACAGGAUCUCCUUUUGGACUUUGGAUCUGAAGUGAAAGUCAGAGACACAGUAAAGCGUCAGCUAAUUCUUACCAACCACACUGGGAUCAGUGCUCCCUUCAUGCUGGAAGCUGAGUAUUUUACUGGCUGCUCUCUUGCUCCAGAGCAAGGAAUCCACCUCUCCUCAGGCUGCAUCUUGAAAAGAAUAGAGCCUGUCUCAAAACUCGCAGCCAGAAGAGCCCAGUCAGAGUUUGCAGCAGCACUGCUGUCUCAUGGGAAGGGAGUAGCUUUCCAUAUACAACCUUCCACAGGAACUCUGAAAGCCUUCCAGCAGCUGAUCAUAGAAAUAACAGCUUACAACAGCAUGUGGGGAGAGUACCAGGAUGAUCUUGUCUGCAAGGUGGGAGACUUACAGACUAAAUUAAUUCCUAUGAAAAUGACAGUGAAAGGCUGUCCAAUCUUCCUGCAGAUGACAGGACCAGAAACAGAGCAACCCAUCAUCAGGUUUGGCACUCACGUCUCUGGAGCAUCUCCUGUGUUGCGGAGGGUCGAGCUCAACAACCCAGCUCCCUUUGACAUUCGCCUGGACUGGGAAGUUUACAACCAAGAUGAUACGAAGCUGGUGGACCUGUUGAUGUUCUCUGGAGACCCUUUUCCUCUUCAGGACGUGGAUGAAAAUGAGACUGCAUCAACUGGUAGCGCCUCGGAGUCAGAGACCGUGUUAAAGUUGGAUCAAGCUGCUAUUCCCCGUGGAAGCAUUCAUCCAGCUUCUCAAACCACAGAUGAGGCUCCAGGCUCUGUCAGCAAAGAGAAGGCAACCACCACUCAAGAACCUACCACGCAGGAAAAAAUCACUGUACUUAUUCGUCCUCAUGAAGGGGUUCUUGCAGACAAGCCCUACUCCAUUACCCCAAGGCAGAUAGUGAUUCCAGGAGGUGGCAGCAUCUGCGUUUCCAUCUCCUUUACACCAUCCGUCCUGCCAGAAGCCGUGACUGAAGUGCACGAAGGGUUUGUGCUGGGCUUCAUGAGCCUGGAUGACAAGCUUGCACAGACAGUGCCCAACAAAGUGCAUCGCAGACACGGCUACGAAGUUCCACCGCUGCGAAUCUCCUUGCAAGCAUUCACAGCACAAGCUCUGUUAAAAGUAGAUGUGGAUCACGACAGAGGGAUGGUGUUCUAUUCAGCAGCAAGUGAUCUCAUACCAGAUCAGCCUCAGCCAGGGGUUUUGACAGAUUCAGUAAUGUCUCAGACUUUGAAACUCAUCAAUUGCACCAAGGUUCCGUUGUACUUCAGGCUCCUUCUGUCUACACCCUUCAGCCUGUCCAUCACCAAAACAUCUCACAACCAGAAGAAAAUCAAACAGCAAACACAAUUUGUACUUUACCCACAGCAAAACAUGUUGGUGACAGUGUCAUUCCACACAACUCUGGAGUUACUUACGUAUCAACGUCUGCCAGAUAGCCAGCUGCCUCCUGGAUUCCGAGUGCUCCAGUCUGAGAACGGGGAGAGAAAGCUGCAGUUCAGACAAAAUUUGGUCAUAGAACAUAGCAACAACACAUGCCAGUCGGUCCCAGUGAUUGCUUACCUCACUGUUCCAGUUCUGGAGCUGCCUUGUGACACAAUUGACUUCAAGACCUGCUUUGUUGACCACACCAAGACUGAACACGUCUUCCUGUGCAACAGGAGUGGCUGCAGAAGUUUCUGGAAUGCUUCACUGGGGGACCUGGAAAAGAGAAAGAACCUGGAAGUAUUUUCUGUCUCCCCUACUCAUGGCACUUUGGAGGCACGUAAAGGGGACUGGCCUACUAAGGAGAUUCUGCAGAUCAGCUUUACUGCCAGGAGUGACAUUGAAUAUGAGGCUGUGGUGACCAUCACUGGAAUGCUGGGAGAGAAGCCCUGCAGGCUGCAGCUCAGAGGACGAGGCACAUACAAUGAGGCACUACAAAGCAAGACAACGUGGGACAAAUGUCAAAGUGAGGAGUUGGAUGCAGAUAUCCCCUCAGCUGUUUUAGUAUAG